GGCUAAUAAUACGCCAGCUUUAUGAGGCUGUUAUUUAUAAAAAUUUACAUAAGGGAGUAUGUGGAUUCCUCUUCAAAAAAAAGCACAAAACAAACUCAGGAUCCUACCCUUCCCUGCCAUUGAUUGCUUACUUGUAUUUGGUACACAGGUUUCUUCGUAUGUUCCGGGCACUGUAUGUCAUCUCAGCACCAAAAGUAUUCCGUGUUGGAGCCUCUGAAAACGUUGUAAUUCAAGUUUAUGGAUAUACUGAAGAAUUUGAUGCAACAAUCUCUAUUAAAAGUUAUCCUGAUAGAAAAUUUAGCUACUCUUCAGGCUAUGUUACUUUAUCCCCAGAAAAUAGAUUCCAAAACAAUGUGGUCUUGACGAUACAACCCAAACAGUUGUCUGGAGGACAAGGCCCAGUUUCACAUGUGUAUUUGGAAGUUGUAUCGAGGCAUUUUUCAAAAUCAAAAAAAGUGCCAAUAACGUAUGACAACGGAUUUCUCUUUAUUCACACAGACAAACCCAUUUACACUCCACAACAGUCAGUAAAGGUUAGAGUUUACUCACUGAAUGAUGACUUGAAGCCAGCCAAAAGAGAAACUGUCUUGACUUACAUAGAUCCCGAAGGAUCAGAAGUGGACAUCGUAGAAGAAAAUGAUUAUACUGGAAUCAUCUCUUUUCCUGACUUCAAGAUUCCAUCGAACCCUAAAUACGGUGUGUGGACUAUCCGAGCUAAAUAUAAAGAGGACUUUUCAACGACCGGAACCACACAGUUCGAAGUCAAAGAAUAUGUGAUGCCACAUUUUACUGUCUCAAUAGAACCAGAAAAGAGUUUCAUUGGCUAUAAGGACUUCAAUAAUUUUGAAAUUACUAUAAAAGCGAGAUAUUUUUAUAACAAGGUCGUCACUGAGGCCGAAGUGUAUAUCUAUUUUGGAAUAAGAGACGACUUAAAAAGUGAUCAAAAAGAGAUGAUGCAAAAAGCAAUGCGAGACACAAUGCUGAUAAAUGGAGUUGCCCAAGUCACCUUUAACUCCGAAACGGCGAUUAAAGAACUGUCCUACAGCAGUCUGGAAGAUCUGAACGACAAGUACCUUUAUAUUGGUGUGACAGUCAUAGAGUCUACAGGUGGAUUUUCUGAAGAGGCGGAAAUUCCUGGCAUCAAAUACAUCCUGUCUCCCUACAAACUGAAUUUGGUGGCCACUCCUCUGUUCCUGAAGCCCGGGAUCCCAUAUUCUAUCAAGGUGCAGGUUAAGGAUGCGCUGGACCAAUUGGUGGGAGAGGUCCCGGUGGCCCUGAGUGCGCACUCGGUCAACGUGAACCAAGAAGUAUCUGACUUGGAGUCAAAGAAAAGCGUGACCCGUUCCAGCGACGGAGUAGCUUCGUUUGUGGUUAAUCUUCCAUCUGGAGCAACAGCGCUGGAGUUUAACGUCAAGACUGCUGACCCAGAUCUUCCAGAAGAAAAUCAGGCCAGCAAAGAUUACCAAGCAAUAGCCUAUUCAUCCCUCAGCCAGAGUUACCUUUAUAUUGACUGGACGGAAAACUAUAAGCCCUUCCUAGUGGGGGAGCAUCUGAAUAUCAUCGUCACCCCCAGAAGUCCGUAUAUUGACAACAUAACCAACUAUAAUUACUUGGUUUUAUCCAAGGGCAAAAUUGUUCACUUUGGCAAAGCGGAGAAACUUCCAGAUUCAUCUUACCAAAGCGUAAACAUUCCAGUGACCCCAGACAUGGUUCCUUCAGCCCGUCUCCUGGUCUACUACAUCGUCACGGGAGAGCAGACAGCGGAGUUAGUGUCUGACUCAGUCUGGUUAAAUAUCGAAGAAAAGUGUGGCAACCAACUCCAGGUUCAUCUGUCUCCGAGUGCAAAUGCGUAUUAUCCAGGCCAAAGUGUGUCUCUUAAUAUGGUGACUGAGUCCAGUUCCUGGGUGGCUCUCUCAGCAGUGGACAGCGCCGUAUACGGAGUCCAGGGGCGAGCCAAGAAGCCCAUGCAAAGAGUAUUUCAAGCCUUAGAGACGAGCGACCUGGGCUGCGGGGCAGGUGGUGGCCGCAACAACGCAGAAGUGUUCUAUUUGGCUGGACUCACCUUCCUCACCAACGCCAAUGCAGAUGACACCCAAGAAGAUGAUAAGCCUUGUAAAGAAAUUCUCAGGCCAAGACGAACGCUGAAAAAGGAAAUAGAAGAGGAAGCUGCUAAGUACAAACAGGCGGUGCUGAAGAAAUGCUGCUACGACGGGGCCAACCGGAACUACGACGAGACGUGCGAGCAGCGCGCCGCCCGCAUCAAGGUGGGCCACUGGUGCGCCAAGGCCUUCAGGGCCUGCUGCAACAUCGCCAGCCAGCACCGCAUCGACUCCUACAAGCCCCUCCAGCUGGGAAGGCUGCAAAUAAAGCACCUGUUACCAGUAACCAAGCCAGAAAUAAGGAGCUAUUUUCCAGAAAGCUGGUUAUGGGAAGUUCAUCAUGUCUCUGGAAGAAGAAACCAAUUACAAUUUGGGCUUCCUGAUUCUCUAACUACCUGGGAAAUUCAAGGUGUUGGCAUUUCCGACAGUGGCAUAUGCGUCGCUGAUACUCUCAAGGUACAGGUGUUCAAAGAUAUCUUCCUGGAAAUGAAUAUACCGUAUUCUGUUGUACGAGGGGAGCAGAUCGAACUGAAAGGAACUGUUUACAACUAUAGAAGGUUUGGUAUACGGUUCUGUGUUAAGAUGUCAGCUGCGGAGGGAAUCUGCACGUCAGGAGGCUCGUCCGGUGACCACCGGGACCCAGACCCCUCCAAAUGCCAGUCCCAGAGGUUAGAGGGCUCCUCCAGCCACCUGGUGACCUUCAGCGUGCUGCCCCUGGAAAUCGGCCUCCACAACAUCAACUUUUCCCUGGAGACUUCGCUGGGAAGAGAAAUCUUAGUCAAAACACUACGAGUGGUGCCGGAAGGUAUCAAAAAGGAAAGUUACGCUGGUGUUACUCUGGACCCAAGGGGUAUUUACGGUGUCAUUAGUAGACGGAAGGAGUUCCCAUACAGGAUACCAUUAGACUUGGUCCCCAAAACAGAAGUCAAAAGGAUUGUGAGUGUAAAAGGAAUGCUCAUGGGUGAGGUCAUGUCUGCCGUUCUGAGCCAGGAAGGCAUUGACAUCCUCACCCACCUCCCCAAGGGGAACGCGGAAGCAGAACUGAUGACCGUUGUCCCGGUGUUCUACGUUUUUCACUACCUGGAGGCAGGAAGUAAUUGGAAUAUUUUUUCUCCUAAUUCAUUAAUGAAAAAGCAGAGCCUGAAGAAUCAGCUGAAACAAGGGAUGGUGAGCAUCACGUCCUUCCGGAACGCCGACUACUCCUACAGCAUGUGGAAGGGCGGAGACGCUAGCACCUGGUUAACAGCGUUUGCUCUGAGAGUGCUCGGACAGGUGCAGAAGUACAUAGGCCAGAACCAGAACUCAAUCUGCAAUACUCUGCUGUGGCUGACGGAGAACUGCCAACUGGAGAACGGAUCUUUCAAAGAAAACUCCCAGUACCAACCAGUAAAGUUACAGGGGACUUUGCCUACUGAAGCCCACGAGCACUCCUUGUACCUCACGGCCUUCGCGGUCAUUGGAAUUAGAAAGGCCUUUGACCUGUGCCCACUGCAGAAAAUCAGCGCGGCCCUCACCAGGGCGGACGCCUUCCUGCUCGACGGCGCGCCCUCAGCCCGCAGCACCUUCACGCUGGCCAUCGCCGCCUACGCGCUUUCCCUGGGGGACAGGACGCACCCGCAGUUCUACUCCAUCCUCUCGGGGCUGAAGAGGAAAGCUUUGGUUAAAGGUGACCCCAUCGUCUACCGUUUUUGGAAGGACGACCAUCAAGAGCCAGAGAGGUCCACGGCGACCGCGGGCACAGCUCGCACGGUGGAAACCACCGCCUACGCUUUGCUCGCCUGUCUGAGCCUCAGAGACGUCGCCUACGUUAACCCGGUGGUCAGGUGGCUGUCUGAGGAGCAGAGGUACGGAGGCGGCUUCUACUCAACCCAGGAUACAAUUAAUGCCAUCGAGGGCCUCACAGAAUAUUCACUCCUGAUUAAACAACUGCACUUGAACAUGGAUGUCAAGAUUUCUUAUAAGCAUAAAGGCGACCUCUACCAUUAUAAGAUGACCGAGAAGAAUUUCCUGGGGAGGCCAAUAGAGGUGCCUCUCAAUGAUGACCUCGUGGUCAGCACUGGGUUCAGCAACGGCCUGGCCACGGUGCACGUGACAACCGUGGUUCAAAAAACCAGUACCUCUGAGGAAGUUUGCAGCUUUGAUUUGAAAAUUGACUCCCAAGACAUAGAAGCGUCCAGCUUCCGAGGCUACAGCGACUCGGAUUACAAGCGCAUCAUAGCAUGUGCCAGCUACAAGCCCAGCAAAGAAGAAUCAUCAUCUGGGUCCUCCCACGCCGUGAUGGAUAUCUCCCUGCCUACCGGAGUCAGCGCAAACAUAGAAGACCUACGAGCUCUUGUGGAAGGAGUGGAUCAGCUGCUCACUGACUACCAGAUCAAAGACGGGCAUGUUAUCCUGCAGCUGGAUUCCAUUCCUUCGGAUGAGUUCCUUUGUGUUCGAUUCCGGAUAUUUGAGCUUUUUCAAGUUGGGUUUCUGAGUCCUGCCACGUUCACGGUGUACGAAUACCACAGGCCAGAUAAGCAGUGCACCGUGUUCUAUAGCCCAUCCGGUUCCAAACUGCAGAAAGUCUGUGAAGGAGUAACGUGCAAAUGCGUAGAAGCUGACUGCGGACAAAUGCAGGCAGAAUUGGAUCUGACGAUCUCUGCAGAUGCGAGGAAAGAAACCGCCUGUAAACCAGAUAUUGCCUACGCUUAUAAAGUCCUUAUCACAUCCAUCACUAAGGAAAAUGUCUUCAUUAAGUACGCUGCGACCCUCCUGGAUGUCUACAAAGCUGGCGAGGCCGCUGCCCAGAAAGACUCUGAAAUCACCUUCAUUAAAAAGGCCACGUGUGCGAACGCUGAGCUGGAGAAAGGAAGACGCUAUUUAAUUAUGGGUAAAGAAGCCCUCCAGAUAAAACACAAUUUCAGUUUCAAGUACAUCUACCCCCUGGACUCCUCGACCUGGAUUGAAUACUGGCCUACGGCGGACGCCGCGUGCCCAGCCUGCCCGGCGUUCUUGGCCAAUUUGGAUGAGUUUGCCGAAGACAUCUUUCUAAACGGCUGUGAAAACUCCUGAACUAGUUGAGCUAUGCACAGUUUUCACCCUGGGCUCCUGCUGCUGAAGGGUCUUCCUUUCCUUCCUUCCUUUCUUCUCUUUUUCCUAAAAACCAUUCACGGCUGGUCUUAUUGGGAAAGCUCGCUUUCCUUAGAAUUAGUGGCACUUGCUGUUAUUAGGGGAUGAUUUUAAGAGCUGUAACUUUCGGAAAUAACAUGGCCUUGGGGGGCAUGGAGACAGAGCCUCCUUCCAAGGUUAUCGGACACCAGAUGCAAUAAAAAUUGGAACGACUCCUAGACCCGCCACUCAGGAACGCUUGCUGGGGACGCAAGAGUAGCCCCACUGAAGUGUGGUUUCUUACCAUUAUGGCCUUUGCUUGAAAGAAAACACCAAGGAACAGAGAAGGGAUCAUUAAAACCUGACUUUGCGGGGAUCCCUGGGUGGCGCAGCGGUUUGGCGCCUGCCUUUGGCCCAGGGCGCGAUCCUGGAGACCCGGGAUCGAAUCCCACGUCGGGCUCCCGGUGCAUGGAGCCUGCUUCUCCCUCUGCCUGUGUCUUUGCCUCUCUCUCUCUCUCUCUCUGUGUGUGACUAACAUAAAUAAAUAAAAAUCAAAAAAAUAAAAUAUAAAAUAAAUAAAAUAAA